UAACGUAUGGCAGCAAGGCGGUCAGUGUUCGACUCCUUCAUUAGGAUAUUAAGCAGAAUUUAGAGCAGUAACUUUUAUAGUAAUUUCCUGAAAUUGCACAGAAAGCCUAAAGCAGGAAAUACAGACUUCCAGAGGAAUUCAACCAACAACAUAAUGGAUUCUAUCAGCCUUUACUAACCAAAAACUUCCAGAAAAUGUUGGAGAAAAGAUCUGCGGAGCUGAUUUUGGAGGAAGACGUCGGAGGGAAAAGCGUGAAGGAACCGUUCUGCAGUCAGUACCACCGCGGUCCUCUUCUCGGCAGUGGGGGUUUCGGUUCUGUGUUUUCGGGCCAGAGGCUUUCUGAUGGACUGCAGGUUGCCAUCAAACAGAUUUCCAGUGACCGGGUGCAGCAAUGGGCCAGACUGCCCGGAGAGGCGGCUCCUGUUCCCAUGGAGAUCGCUCUGCUGCUGCGGCUGUCUGAGUGCGGAGGUCACAAGGGGGUGGUGCGCAUGUUGGACUGGUUCUCUGUGGAGGGACGGUGCUUCCUGCUGGUGCUGGAGCGCCCCCCACACUGCCAGGAUCUGUUCGACUUCAUCACGGAGAGAGGAGCGCUCCCUGAACGCCUCGCACUCAGGUUCUUCCGGCAGGUGGUUGAGGCGCUGCGGUUCCUUCACGCUCACGGCAUCGUGCACCGAGACAUCAAAGACGAGAACAUUGUGGUCGAUACCAGGACGCUGGAAGUCAAGCUCAUCGACUUUGGAUCAGGAGCGCUGCUCAAAGAGACGCCGUACAGCGAGUUCGAAGGUACUCGUGUGUACAGCCCCCCCGAGUGGAUCCUGUCUCAGUCCUACAAUGCCGUCUCUCUCACCGUCUGGUCUCUGGGCGUCCUGCUUUUUGACUCGGUCUGCGGCGACAUCCCCUUCGAGCGCGACCAGGAGAUCAUCAGGGCCACGCCCGUCUUCACCCGCCGCGUCUCUAAAGAAUGCCAGUCUCUGAUCCGUUGGUGCCUGUCGUACCGUCCGGAGGAUCGUCCCACUCUGGAGGAGAUCCUGUCUCACCCCUGGAUGAUGGGAGGCGAGGAGGAGGAAGGUGGAGAUCUGCAGGAGGAUCACAGCUCUCUGACCAAACAGUCCCUGUGACGGCGCUCCAAUAAACUGAACUCUGAAUAUACGUCACACUGACGCACAGAAAGCUCACACACUGGAUUGAAGGGAGCACAUGUUCAUGUUUUAACCCUUUAACAUAAAACACUGAUGGCGCUGAGGAAGGACUUUGAACCUCCGAAAUGAAAGGGUUCAAACGAGACGGAAACACCGUGAUGAUCCUCUAACACAGAAGAGUAUUUAUUUUCAUUAUCGUUGCCCUGCAUGCUGCACUCGGCUGUACUACUGUUUAUUUUGUUUGAUUUGAUUUGGGCAGAAUGACUUCCUGUUAAGUUAUCAUUUUUUAUCUUAUUUUGAAAAUACAGACCUUUUUUUCUUGUUCUUGUUUUGUUACGGCUGUAUCAGCGAACAAACGCCAGCUCCUUUAGUGUCCUCCUUUUGGGGAUUUUGGGAAUAAAGUAGUUUUCUAGAAAGAAGUUGGUGUAUAAGCAUAAGGAAGUGUUCAGUUACUAAAUGUUGGGUUAGACUUUGUUAUCUACAAUUGAUCUCCAGCUUCAGGGACGGAUUUCUCUCUCUGUCACUUCAGGUGGAGCAGGAUCAGGAAACAGGAAAAGUUUGAAUAGAAAACUCCCAAAAAUGAAGUAGAGCAUCUUGUAAAACAAGUAGAACAGGACAGGUCACUUACAGGACAUGUUUCCAAAUAACAGAGCUGUAGAAGAUCAUUGUUUUUGCUCCAUUUAAUGUCAGGAACUAGUAAGAAAAUCGACCUCAGUUGAGAAAUUACAAUCACUUUUUUUAUACUUUUAUUUUUGCAAAAAGGCCAACAAUUUAUCCAUUCUUAAGUAUUAUACUGUUAUUUAAAUCAAUGUUCCCACCGCCAUAGCAUCCCAGUAUAAUGUCCUGACACAGCUCAUAGUAUAAUACUAGUGGAGUAUUGUUACUUUUGUUUUGCUUUAAAUCUUUGGGAGUCAAGAGUAUUUAGACUUUUACAAAUGUUAAAAUUCUUAGUUAUUAAGAACUUUUCCCCCCCUUGCCUGGAUAUCAGCACUGCAGAUGUGUUUCACCUCUGAGUAAGAUUAUUGAUUUAAUGUUAGAUAUAUUAUUUAUUUGUUGUUGUUUCCAGACCAGUGAAUGUGAUUAGUAGUGACGGGAGUGUCACUGUAAAUACUUGUGUAUUUUUGCCUGGAUUUAUCAUCAAAGUGGCUCCUCAAUCACUUGUUACUGUUUAUUUACAUUAAAUAAGAGUUUAUGCAUCGAAAGAAGAAGAAGAAGAAACUUAUUUAAUGUUUCGAAUAAAACUAUUUUCUCACUUAA